AUGAAUGUCAGAGAGAAGGUCAAAAUCGUAAUUACGGUAGCUUCUGUUGUCGCUGUGACAGUUCUGUUCGUGGCGGAGUAUAGGCGGCGCCGCCAUCACCGGAGGAAGCAGACAUCUCCGUUAAGCUCCUGUUAUCUGCAUUCAGAGCUUAAGCCGCAGUUCGGUUUCAAACGCGUUCUUGCGGAUAACUCUUACACUGGAUUCAAACACUUGAAGUUGGACGAUGUGCCUUCCUCCAUAGAGAAACCUUCUAAUUGUCAUCCAUAUGAGAGUGAGAUCAAUGUCUUGUUAGAGAAUCCUCUACUUGAAUUUGGCUUUUUGAAGGGAGAGUUUCCAUUGGAAAUGAGUGAUUCGUAUGUGUGGGUUGAGACGGAGUCGAAGUUGAAGGAACUUGCAAAAACAUUGUCAAAAGAAAAUGUUUUUGCAGUUGAUACUGAGCAGCAUAGUUUGCGGUCAUUUCUUGGUUUCACUGCUCUAAUUCAGAUUUCUACACAAGAGGAAGACUUUUUGGUGGACACGAUUGCAUUACAUGAUGCAAUGAGUGUUCUUCGUCCUGUUUUCUCUGAUCCUAAUAUUUGCAAGGUGUUUCAUGGGGCUGACAACGACGUUAUCUGGCUUCAAAGAGACUUCCAUAUAUAUGUUGUUAACAUGUUUGAUACUGCCAAGGCAUGUGAGGUGUUGUCAAAGCCUCAAAGGUCGUUGGCGUACUUACUUGAGACAGUCUGUGGAGUGGCUACUAACAAAUUGCUUCAGCGUGAAGAUUGGAGACAGCGUCCACUCUCCGCGGAGAUGGUGCAAUAUGCGAGAACAGAUGCACACUAUCUUCUCUAUAUUGCUGAUAAAUUGACUGCUGAGCUCAAACAGCAAGGCACUGAAGAUUCAUCUAGCCGCGAUGACAGAUUCCAUUUUCUUCUCGAGGCUAUUAGGCGAUCAAACAUGACUUGUUUGCAAUUGUACACGAAAGAAACCGAAGACUUUCCUGGGAAUGCUGCUGCUUCCUCAUUAAUUUAUCGGCAUUUAAAUGGUCACGGAGAUAACUCUACCAUCUCCUUGGAUGCAGAGUUUCAGGAGCUUGUAAGGGAACUUUGUGCAUGGAGAGACUUAAUGGCACGGAUUCAUGAUGAAAGCACACGAUAUGUGUUAUCUGACCAGGCUAUUGUUGCUCUUGCUAGUAAGAAGUCAACUACAACCGAAGAUGUAUAUGAUGCAAUAGCUCAAGCUGAUUUGGCUACAGAGUCUUCUCCAAGCUUGAAUUUAUCAAUACAGUCCUCCCCAUCUCCGGUUAUUUGUAGUCAUUUGGAUGAUAUCUAUCAAAUGACUCAGGACAAUGUGGCUAAGAUAGAUGAUAUUUUACCACUGGUUCUUCAGAAAUGCUUGGGAACAGAUGGAACCUGUCCUAUCUCUAUCUUCAAUUACUCUCUCUUGGUAAACUUCAGCACAAAGCUAUCUACUCGCUCUGCUCCUCCCAAGCAAAAUGGACAUAAGAACAACUUCAAGCAGUUCACUCGAAAGGCAUCGAGAGAGCUCUUUGUCAAGAAGUUUUCAUGCAAGGCUCCUGUUUAUCACAACUGCAGAAUAUACGCAAACGAUGGACGGUUGCUAUGUUACUGCGAUAGAAGGAAACUUGACUGGUAUAUGAACCGAGGUCUUGCAAAGCUAGUCGAAGAAGAUCCGCCUGCGAUAAUGCUUUUGUUCGAACCUAAAGGACGACCGGAAGAUGAAGGGAAUGAUUUUUAUAUCCAGACCAAGAAGAAUAUCUGUGUUGGAUGUGGAGAAGGGAAUCACUAUCUGCGUUACAGGAUCAUACCUUCUUGCUAUAGAGUCCAUUUCCCGGAGCACCUGAAAAGUCACAGGUCUCAUGACAUUGUUCUACUUUGUGUGGAUUGUCAUGAAGUUGCUCAUGCUGCUGCAGAGAGGUACAAGAAACAGAUCGCUACAGAGUUUGGGAUUCCUCUUUUCGUCCGUAGAGUACUUGAUUCAAAAGAAGCACAAGGGACAUCAUCAUCUUCAAUGGAGUAUGAAUCAAACGGUAACUCUGAGGAUGCAGGUGUCUCUCCAUUACAUCUUAGAACAGCUGCAAUGGCGCUCUUGCGACAUGGGAACCGAAUGCCAUCAAGUCGCCGUGACGAAUUGUUGCAGACUGUGAAGAUGUAUUACGGUGGAAGAGACGUAUCUGAAGAAGAUUUGGAAAGAGCUUUACUCAUCGGGUUGAGCCCUCACGAGAGAAGAAAACUCGAAAGAAAGAAAAGUGGUUCCAUUAUUGGUCUUAUGGACAAACAAGAAACCAGUAACAAUGAUACUGCUGGAAACAGCUUCGCAUCUUCUGAUGGUGAUGAAGCUCCUGCAGUUUCUGAGAAUCAUAUGAAUGCAGAAAGUAGCGUAGUUGAUGAAGAUAGUGGAAAUGGUGCAAGUGGAGGAGAUGGAGCAGCUACAGAGCUAAAUGAUACUCAAUGUAACGGAAACACUAUGCACCAACAGAACUCGAAACUCUCUUUGCUAGGACAUGGACCGCACGGGAAACAGAUUGUAGAGUAUCUGUUGAAGGAACAUGGAGAUGAUGGUGUUCGUGAUUUCUGUCGAAGGUGGAGGAAAGUCUUUGUUGAUGCUGUUCAUCCUCGCCAUUUGCCUGGUGGCUGGGAUGUUAGUCACAGUGGUCGGAGAGACUUUGGCGAAUUCAGCGUUUAUAAUCCCACAAAGAGAGUCUCCACCGGGUAA